AUGUCACUGGAAACGCUUCUUACGACCAUCCUGGAGUCUGUAAAAACGACGACUGAGUCGUUGAAAAAUCUGGAGGAGACGCUGGAAUCUGGGUCUGCCAAUCCGGUGGAAGGAACCGCCAACAAGGAAGGAAUCUCGCUUCUGGCCCUGAAGAACUCUUCGAUGCUGUCAUAUGUGAAUUCGGUGGUGCUAUUUGCACUGGCAAAGUUGGAUGCACUGGAGAGCAAAGAAGGGGUUGAUAUCGACCAGAUCGAUGCCAUAGUUAAAAAGACCGUGGAACAAAGAGUUGUUCUGGAAAGAGGAGUCAAACCCCUGGAAAAGAAGCUGGGAUACCAGAUGGACAAGCUCACCCGUUCAUUCCUUCGGAUGCAGAAAGAUUUGAAGGAAGCUGAGUCCAAAACAGUAGACGAGUCCGCAGACGGUUCCGGAAGUGACGACAGCGAGGACGAGGAGGAUGCUUUCAAUUACAGGCCAAAUGCAGCCAACUUUGCACAACCAAAGGCUGGUGAGGUCAAGCGUCAUGAUCACAACGAUCAGGAUGACGCUGAAGGAGAAACUGAGACCGAGUCCACAGAAAAGUACAAACCUCCAAGGAUCUCUGCUAUGGUGCCGCCUACAGAAGAGAAGCCUAGGCGCAACAGACAGAAACUCCAGUCCAUGGAAGAAUAUCUUGAGGAGAUUGGAGACACACCAAUGUUGGAAUCAAGUAUCGGCUCCACGAUUUUGGACCACGGUCGUGGUGUAAAGACAUCCAAGGACGUUGAGAAGGAACGUGAGAUCACGCGGUACGAAGAGGAGAACUUCACCAGAUUACCCGAGAACGUGACCAAGAAACAGAAACGCAAGAAGGACACAUUUGCAGGUGAGGACUGGAGUAUGUUUGGCAAUGACAAGGAGGGCGAACGGUUCAAGUCCAAGAAGGUGAAAAACACUUGGGAAAAGGCUAAGAGGAGAAGGAUGUAA